UAUCUGACGAUAGUCCUGUGAUGAACGCUGCUAACAUUUCCGUAGCAGUGGCGGUUGAUAAGGACAAGAACAGCCAGUACGCUGUGAAAUGGGCGAUUGAUCAUCUCUUGAAUACCAAUCCCAACCUUAUCCUGAUCCACGUUAGCAAUCGCACUUUGCAAAACCAGGGUUUAUUUUUGAACGAGGCUAACCCCGAUGCUUAUCGAGAAUCUACUGAGGACAUCGGACAGCUUUUCCUUCCCUACCGUGGAUACUGUGCUCGGAAAGGGGUUCAGAUCAAGGAGGUGGUGCUUGAUGAAUACGAUGUUUCCAAGGCAAUCAUUGAUUAUCUCAACGUACAAUGCAUCCACAACAUUGUUGUUGGUGCAUCGACUAGGAAUGCCAUCACAAGGAAAUUUAGGAACCCAUAUGUGGGAACAUGCUUGAUCAAAUCUGCACCAGAUUUCUGUACGGUAUACAUUAUUUCAAAAGGGAAAGUGACAUCGAUCAGAUCAGCAAGUCGGCCUCCACCUCUUAAUGUCAUGAAUAGUGCCUCGCCCAUGCAAUCACAACCACCUCAGAGGGCAGUUCCACAGCUUCGAUCUCCUGAAACUCCUGUCCUCGAUGAAGGCAUCAAAAUACCUUCUGCUAAUAAUAGGGAAAUGUGGAGGAGAAAUGGACAUGGGAGAAGGGUUUUGGAGAAGAACGUGGAUCGUGAGUUGCAGACUAAACUUCCACCAAGGUCCAGGAACAGUAUUGAGAACUUGUUGUUUAUGGAAAAUAUGGAUCUCUCAGUCCGUAUGCCACGGAACUCAAGCCGUGAUUCCUUAUCCCUCGAGAGCGACUUCUCUAACUGCACUUUGGGUUGCCGGUCCAUGGACAUUGAUUCAGAAAGUAUAGAUUUCUCCAUCGGUUCUGAGUUUAAUAGUCCCACUGGCAGUGGCAGCUCCUUCUCUUCAAAUUCCUCGAGAGAUUUAGAGGCUGAGAUGAAAAGGCUAAGGCUGGAGCUAAAGCAAACCAUGGACAUGUACAGCACAGCAUGCAAAGAAGCAAUCACAGCAAAGCAAAAGGCUAAUGAGAUAUAUCAAUGGAAGGUAGAAGAACGUCAGAGAGUUGAGGAAGCCAGGAUUGCAGAAGAAACAGCUCUUGCAAUUGCUGAGAUGGAAAAAGCGAAGUGCAGGGCUGCCAUUGAAGCUGCCCAAGCUGCACGAAAGCUAGCUGAAAGGGAAGCAAAUAGGAGGAGACAUGCAGAAUUGCAGGCCAAGCGUGAAGCAGAAGAGAAGAUGAGAGCACUGUCUGUAUUGCAUAACAAUGACCCGAGGUAUAGAAGAUAUACCAUUGAAGAGAUUGAAGUUGCCACUGAUCACUUCAAAGAAUGCAAGAAGAUUGGUGAAGGAGGCUAUGGCCCUGUUUAUAGGGCCUUACUUGAUCAUACCCCUGUUGCUAUCAAGGUUCUCAGACCAGACGCCCAAAAAGGGAGGCAGCAAUUCCAACAAGAGGUAGAGGUAUUGAGCCGCAUCAGACACCCAAACAUGGUUCUACUCUUGGGUGCCUGCCCAGAAUAUGGAUGCUUGGUAUAUGAGUACUUGGAAAAUGGCAGCUUAGAAGACAGGCUCUUCCGAAAGGAGAAAACCCCAUCAAUCCCAUGGGGUCUACGGUUUAAGAUUGCUGCAGAAAUUGCCACUGGCCUUCACUUCCUCCACCAAAACAAACCAGAACCCCUUGUACAUAGGGACCUCAAGCCUGCAAAUAUCCUCCUUGACCGCAACUUUAUAAGCAAGAUCAGUGACGUUGGGCUAGCCCGGUUAGUCCCUCCCUCUGUUGCCGACAGUGUCACCCAGUAUCGCAUGACAUCGGCGGCAGGAACCUUCUGUUACAUAGACCCUGAGUAUCAGAAAACAGGAAUGUUGUGUAUCAAAUCAGAUAUCUAUUCCUUGGGAAUAAUGUUUCUUCAGAUCAUCACUGCUAAGCCUGCCAUGGGUCUCUCACAUCACGUAGAGAAAGCCAUUGAGAAUGGAGUCUUUGAAGACAUGCUUGAUCCAACAGUGCCAGAUUGGCCUAUGGAAGAGGCUUUGGAGUUUGCAAAGAUCGCUCUACAAUGUGCUGAGCUUCGAAGAAAAGAUAGACCAGACUUGGGUUCAGUAGUUUUACCCUUUUUGAACCGGCUAAAAGAUCUUGGGUACUGCGAAACUGAAACCAUUUGGAGUACUAGCUCCUCUAGUACUGUCAGCUAUGGGCCACCUUACAAAAACUUUACCAGAUCAAGAUCAAGAUUCUCCAAUGUUCAGGUGAGACUCUUUGAAAUAAGUCUAGGUUUAAAAACCCGGAAUUAGGAUCAAGA